UUUUAUUAUUAUUUUAGGUCAUUGCCUCACACUUUGCAUUCUGUAGUCAAAAUAUUCUCCAAUGUUAGUAUCUGUACUUAAACGUGGUAUGGGAGGGAAGAAAAGCUAUGACAUUUGGAUUACAACAUAGAGAGGGUUUUUUAAUGUAUACGUAUGUAUAUGUGGGGGUGUGUGUAUAUAUAUAAAAAUAAUCACGCCUUGGAUAUGAACGGACUUGGGUAUCUGAACUUGUACAGCUUACUACGCCUUAAGGAAAGGCUGCAAUACCAUUGUUCUGACAAAGAUUCAGACUACGCUUGAGAUUUGUCCUGCUUUGUUGUAGUUGUGGUUAGGUGGAACAAAACACUCUUACCAACUGUACCUUCAUUCCUUGAGUUCAGGACGUUGUGGUAUGACAUAUUGUGGACACGCAGGAAAGUUGAGCGUUCUCCAGACGUGACUCAGUCCAUGUUAAUGAAGUGGGAUGAGAGGCAAGCACGUACUGUCCUCUGACUUCAGAUCAAAGACGCAGCCAUGAAAGAUCCAAGUCGCAGCAGUACUAGCCCAAGCAUCAUCAAUGAAGAUGUGAUUAUAAAUGGUCAUUCUCAUGAAGAUGACAAUCCCUUUGCGGAGUACAUGUGGAUGGAAAACGAAGAGGAAUUUAACAGGCAGAUUGAAGAGGAAUUGUGGGAAGAAGAAUUUAUUGAGCGCUGUUUCCAAGAGAUGCUGGAAGAAGAAGAAGAGCACGAAUGGUUUAUUCCAGCUCGUGAUCUCCCACAAACAAUGGAUCAAAUCCAGGACCAGUUCAAUGACCUUGUUAUCAGUGACAGCUCAUCACUGGAGGAUCUGGUGGUCAAGAGUAAUCUGAAUCCAAACGCAAAGGAGUUUGUUCCUGGGGUGAAGUACUAAAUAUUUGAGUAGACUGGGCCCUCUUUUGGUGGAUGUAGCACAAUUUCCACACUGUGAAGCCAGUAUUAGAAGAUUUAAUUGUAAAAGCUCUCUUCUUGUCACUGUGUUACACUUAUGCAUUGCCAAAGUUUUGUUAGUCUUGCAUGCUCAAUAAAAGUGCUGAGACUGUUACUAAGUAAAUCUGUCAAAAGUUUAAUGAAAACGUGAUUGGACCCUGGCUCUUUGCAAAGGAGACAGUGAGGUAAGAAGCACCAGUCAAGUUGAGACAAAGUACCACAUAUAAAAACUUCUGCAGACUCUGUCUUUUUAAUAGGAAUUUGCUAAGGAUGGUCUGUUUUUAGCUAAAGAUGUGUUAACUGGUGCUAGUUUGCACCUGAUAAUGCCUUAACUUUAAAAUGAAAGCAAGGUUAUCUCAUUGUUAUGCAAAUUAGCUAACUUUCCUUUGAAUAUCAGUAUUGUUACUAAUGUUAAUUUUUCCCCUUAAAAAAAACAAAAAAACUUGAUGCUGCUUUUAAGCAGCAUGAGCUUUAACAGAAAUUUUGCAGACCUGUACAGAGUCCUAGAUCUCAGCUACUGAACUAACAUCCAAGUGAUUGGAAGGAAAUUUCCUAUAUUUACAGUAUGUUAUCAUGUUAGAAAUGUUUCACUUCCCGAUUACAUUAAAGGAGAUGUGAGUUUCAUCACAAUUUCUUCCAAGAACCCAGAUACAUAGCCCUGUCUAUGUAACUUUUAGCAUACAACUUUAAUAUAGCUGGAUUUAACCAAGAAAACCCUAGCAUUAGUGAUUUGAGUGGUGCUUUUCCCUUGCUUUGUUUAAUCAUCACUACACAAUAGUCUACAGCACAACAACUUUUUUCUUUUAAUAAAGCUAGAACAGUUUUGGCUUCUUAAACUUCAUAUUUGGGUAGGUUAAGCUGCCAUACGUGUUCAGUGUGAAUAGUGUUUAAGUUGAAAAUAUUGUAAAAAAAUUAUAUUUUUUCAAAAAUAUUUAAAAAAAUAAAUAAUAGUAGAACUGA